AUGAGUUUCCGAAAGUUUGAGUUAGAAAACAAGCUCAAGGAGGACAAUAAUCUGAUACGAGCUGGUGUGCUCAGAAAUGACCAUCCCCUUGAUACGUCCAGGGAGUUCCAAGACUUUCUGCAGGCCUGUCGUCGCGGAGACUUGAAGUACUGCCAGGAAGCCAUAUCCAACGGCAUCAAUAUUAAUGCGCGAGACCAGUUUGACUACACGCCGCUUGUCAUUGCUAGUUUAUGUGGCCAUUACGAGCUGGUCCAGCUGCUGUUAGAAUCUGGCGUUAUCGCUGAUCCCGGCUCGUUCGAGCGUGAAAGAGCCGUCUAUAAUGCGCUCAAUGACAAAAUACGGAACUUGCUGUUGUCUUAUGACUAUAGCAAGUCUUCGGACCCUUUGCAACCCUGGUCCUCGCAUAUUACCUCUCUGCUUGUGCGGGAUUCUCCCCACACUUCUGACAUAGUCUUGACUCUCUCCAACGAGCACUUCUCCCUGCACAAGUUCAUUCUCUGCGCCAGGUCGCCUUACUUCAUGCGAAAGCUUUCUGAAACUCCCGAGACAACCACCUGGAAGGUGUCGCCGAGCAUUCCUGUCGAGGCUUUACGCAUUGUCUUGCGCUACCUUUACCUUGGCGAACUUCCUCGUGACCUGGUUCCUCCACGAAGUGCAGUUUCUGAAGAGGAAGUUUUCAGCGGCAUCGACAAGUUGUGCCGGCAGCUUGAGCUAGAAAAGUUAUGGGAAGAAGUGUUAUCCAUAAAUGAUCGCCGCCUGGCAAGACAACGACAUCAAGACGAGGUGCAGCGCGCACAGGCUCAAAUAGAAGCCUUCUUCAACGAAACUGUGCUCAAGCACAAAAUGAUUGUCGAUACUGCUGAGGUUGCUGAUGUCAAAUGGCCACACCAUAACGCCAUUUUUGCCAACUGCUUGUUGAGGGCAGAUGAGCCUUUACCGCCAGAGGAGGAGGAGGAGGAGAAGGAUAACGACGAUCACGAUCAAGAAAGUUCCAUUCCUGUGAACGGAACCACCAUUCCCAUCGGACCAACAUCCAGCCAUAGAAUUUUCAAUGGUACUAGCAAGCGCAUACGUCGUUCGGUGCUCUUUCCAGCACACAAAGCAUUCCUGAUUCGCAGCCCAUAUUUCGAGACCAUGUUCGCCUCCGACUUUAGGGAGGCCUAUGACACAGCAACACUACACGUAAUCACAGUUGACUGCACCCCCCCGGUCCUAGAGAUCAUUUUGCGCUUUCUGUAUACUGAAAAAUUCUCUUGCCCGCUAGAGCAUGCUCUGGAUCUCCUCUACACAGCAGAUAUGCUUCUGCUGGAACAGCUGAAGACGAAGGCGGCUGCAACAAUCUCGACACUCGGAAGCGGCAACAGCAAUGUUUUGGUCGACCGGACCCAUCUGAACCAGGCGUGUGCUCCUAAAUCAAAAGGGUCAAAUACGUCAGAGCCCGAACCAGAGCCCAUUAAUGUGUACGAUGUUAUUCAUGCCGCUUGGGAUCUCAAGAUUCAGCGUCUUGAAGAAUUUGCCGCCCGCUAUCUGGCCUCACGGCUAGAAGACUACGUCGAGACGGACGAGUUCGCGGAGCUCAUCCGCGAGAGCGCAGCCAGACUGAAAAGCGAACGUCACGAGACCGACACAAUCGAGCUGCUCGACGACAUACGAUAUUAUCUGGGUGAACGUUUUCGCUUGCGGUUUGAGGGCGGUGGGAUCGGUGAGCUUUUGGCUGGUGGUCUGGAGGAGGGAGAAGGGGAACGGGGCCAACGAAAGACGAAUGCUGAAACUGGAGGUGACCUUGGCGGUGUCCGGGCGCUUAAUGGGCAAGUGGUUGAAGAUGAGUUCGCAUCGGAUGCGGUCAACUAUCAUGUGCUGAUGGAGAAGAUCGACAAGAUGCUCGAGAAGCUCAAUCUUGGCGCUUAG